AUGUCUACCAUCAUGAAUAAUGGCUCUCAAAGCCAAGCGCCUCAAGGCCAAUCUGGUAAUUUGCAACAAAGUCAAUCUGGUAGUUUCCAACAAGGCCGCCCAAUGUCACUCUUCAAACCCGAAAUGAUGCGCAGCCUUCCAACGGGAGCUUUCACAGAUGAGGACAAAGUGAAAUGGGAAACCGGACUGAGGGGGCUUUGGUCCCAGAUUGAAGAGAAUUCUGCCGAAUCACCACAACAUAUAGAGGCCAAACGCAAAUUGGCCGAGUUCUCGAGGUCUCUCACGGGCAAGAUGCAAGCUUAUCGUGCACAGCAACAGCGGCAACAAGUACAGCAAGCACAGCAGCACCAGCCGCAGGGUCAACAAGUCCAGCAGAAUCAACAAAGCCAACAGGCACAACACUCGCAACCCAUUCCGCAGCCCUCAGCGGCUCCGUUGAACAAUACGGCUCAGCAAAAUUCAGCUUCGCAACAGCACGAGCACACCGCACUAUCACAAGAGGCCCUAGCUAGUGGCCCCAAUGCUGGAAGCGUUUCCCAGCAACAACCAAGACCUCAAAUUCCUGGCCAGCCACAGGACAAGCUGUUACAACACAUCAAAACAUUUCCGUGGGCUGCUCCACCUAAUUUGAUCCCAAAAUCUGCAGAAUGGACCAAAUGGUUGACGGAAGUCAAAAAUAGAUAUGGCAAGGGAUUGAUGGCCAUGGAGAAGGCGACUUCGCAACUGAAAGGCUUGGAAGAAUAUAUUAAGAAGAAGAGAGAAGAGAGAAUUGCAACGGAACAAGAUGAAACGGAUUACCAGACAAGAGUGGCAGAUUUCAGGAAUCAGCAUUCUCAGGCCAAAAAAAUUAUUGAAGAAAUCAGAGACAACCAGAAACGCUUCCAAUCACAAAAUUCUCAACAUCAAGGACAGCAACAGCAUCUUCAACAAUCUCAAGCUUCCGGAUCUGGGCCAUCUGAUCCAAAUGUGAAUGGAAAUGUGGGUGGUAUUGGAAGUAAGGGCAGUCAUGGAGUUCAAGGCACCCACUUGAAUCAAACACAAGGAGCACCUAGACCACCCAUGAACUUGCAACAACCACCCAACCCAGCAAUGCAAAAUACCCAAACUGUCAAUGCUGCUAUUGAACAAGCUCGCAAUCAACAGAUGGGUGGUGUUAAUCGGCCUUCUAUGCCACAAGGACAACUACCACAUGGCCCGCAAAUACCUACUCCAACCGCACCUUCCCAUCCAACUAUGCCUCAAUCUCAACCGGGGCAGGCGCCAGGUAUCAAAACCGAACCAACGAUUCCCGGCCCGAUCAAUACUGCCGUUACUCAAAUGCAAAAUAAUCAGCCUCGUCCAGGUCAAACAAACUCUCCUCACUCUGCUAUUCCUCAAUCAGCAACCUCAACCAGUGCAGCAAACCAUGGCCCUCCAAGAGCUCUUACUCAUCAAGCAGCAUUACAAACCGCGGCUCAAAGUUAUUCUAGUGCAGGCGGUCAAGCGACAGGCACGCCUACGGUUAUGGGACACUCGCAUACUCAUCCUAGCGCUAUGCCGAUCGCUAUGCCGAAAGAACAACCAAACUCAAGCUCACAAAAACUUCCAAUUCCAAAACAUUUACCUGAAAGGGCCAUCGCACCACCACAACCUGUACAAAUGGGUCAACCACGUCCUUCGUAUACCGGCGGCCCAUCAGGAGCUGGUAAUGGAGUUAUGAAUCAACCGGUUAUAUCAAAGGCCCCAGGUUACGUUUUGGAUGGCGAAGGCGAUCGCGUUUUGAGCAAGAAGAAAUUGGAUGAGCUUGUCAGACAAGUUACCGGUGGUGGAGAGAACGCUGCAAGUAAUGGUUUGACUGCUGAAGUUGAAGAAUCCAUUCUCACCGUCGCCGACAACUUUGUUGAUCAAGUCCUUCAAGCCGCCUGCAAGAACGCCAAAGAACGUGGCUCUAAAAUUCUGGAGAUCCGUGAUAUUCAACUCACUCUUGAGCGCGGUUACAAUAUUCGUAUUCCAGGUUACGCCAGUGACGAGAUCCGAACUGUUCGUAAGAUCGCUCCAAGCUCUGGAUGGAUUAAUAAGAUGAGCGCUGUUCAAGCUGCAAAGGUCACCGGUGGAAAGGGUAGUGAUUAG